CUUGCGCAUGCACGAGGACUUCAUUCUGUCUGCUCCCAGUGUCAGUGACCAGAUUGAAUUGCAAAAGAUUUGCGACUAUGCCCAUGUGACUUACAGAGAGACCAGCCAAGUGCGAGAGGGGGUCAUUGAUCCUACAACUCUUUACAGAGCCAAAACGGAGUACCAGAGUGAAUUUGAUCGUUUCUUGAAAACUGACCACACUGGCUCGCUGAUAUUUGACACCAUUCAGAUCAUGGAGAAAGGCAGGAAGAUCUUAGAGAAACAUUUGGACGUGUUCAUCUCUUCUGGACUGUGCCCCAACACGUGUGGCCUUCUGCACAGAAGGGUAAUGGACUGCUUCUCGUGUCAGUACGAGGUGUACAUCUGUCCCUCUCCAUCGGGCCAGCAGGACUGCGGUGCGUUUCCAGUGGAAGCAGAAGAGGGAGGCCAAGCAGUGCUGAACUGUUUUGUUUCGUGGCAUCGACUUCUGUUAGGAAACCCGGAAUAUUAUUAUUCCUGGGCACCAGAGACAGGAAACAAAGAGCUGGAUGAAAAGGACUUCACAGCCUUGGUGGUGACAGAAGACUCAUUUGUGGUCUUGAAUCAGCUGCAUUUGGAUGAGCAAGGAACAUAUCAGUGCUCUUUGCGGGACCAAAAUGGAACCGUCUUCUAUCGAGUCACUUUCCUGCUGUCAGUUGCCCCUUUGCCAAGGCAGACCCACCAAGCCGUGGCCAGUCUGCCCUCGCUGCCUCAGAAAGACAGCCUCUCACCUUUUCAACCUACGGGCGACAUGCUGGUGGCAGUCGUGGCCAUGGUUACAGCCCUGGCUCUGACUGCGAGUGUAGGUCUCACGCUCGUUCUGGGAAUGAUGAAGCGUUGGGAGCACACAAAGGACCUGAGGAGAAGGAAGGCGAUAAAAUGUACACAGGCUGCAGUGUGAUGAGUACACUACAUACAGCCACAUUCCACUUUCAGAUGAGAGGAAACAGUUUUGCUCAUCAGUUUCUUCUUUUCGUUUUGUGGUCUAUUAAAUUCUUUACUUUCAGGUGUUAAGUCAUGUGUGGCAGUGAGAAUAGGUUUUGGUCAAACGUGUAAAUGAUGCUUAAACACGAGGAGAGUUUUAACUUGGAUCAAAUAUGUUAAUUCUAGGACAGACUGUUCCUGGUAUUUAUAUAC